AUGCAACUCCGUCACCUUCUACCGGCCUUCUUGGCGGCGUAUGGCGCUCAAGCCGCGCCAGCAUCGGCAGAACAGGUCGAGAACAGCUUUGCAGAGCGGGACGCAGCUGCUAAAGGAUCGUUCUUCCUGCCGGCAUCGACAUUGCAAACCGAUAUCUUGGCCGCCAAGGGCCUCGUGAACCUGGCAAUCAACCAGGUCACAAACCCGUCCGGAAAAUGCAAUCUGCUCAAUGCCGCCAUCCGAAGGGAAUGGUCGACUCUCUCAAAGCAGGAACGACGCGCAUACAUCGAUGCCGAACUGUGCUUGAUGUCCAAACCUUCACAAGACCCGAGCUUUGCAGCUGGAGCCAAGACGCGCUACGAUGACUUUGUGGCCGUCCACAUUAACCAGACCCUGUCAAUUCACGGGACUGCCAACUUUCUGUCGUGGCAUCGAUACUUCACCUGGGCCUUUGAGCAAGCCCUCCGGAACGAAUGCGGCUAUACCAGCUAUCAACCAUACUGGAACUGGGGGAAAUAUGCCUUCGACCCAUUGAACUCGCCUCUCUUUGAUGGCAGUGACGUGAGCAUGUCCGGCAACGGCGAAUACGCACCGCACAAUUGCACCCCUGCUCUGCCCUCGGGGUUGAACUGCAUUCCCCCCGGGUCUGGUGGCGGUUGUGUCAAGACCGGGCCUUUCAAGGACUACGUUGUCAACCUGGGCCCGGUGUCGCCGACUCUGGAAAUCCCCGGCAUCAUUGAUUACUCCAGCCCUGACCCGCUGGCCUAUAACCCUCGCUGCUUGCGCCGAGACAUCACAUCCUGGGUUUCCUCGAACUGGACCAAGGACUCGGACGUAUACGACCUCAUUACAAACUACAAAGACAUUAUAUCUUUCCAGAAUCGCAUGCAGGGAGACUUCCCUACCGGUUUCUACGGCGUCCAUACCGGUGGUCACUUCACCACUGCCGGUGAUCCCGGUGGUGAUCUCUUUGCGUCGCCAGCCGAGCCUACCUUCUUCCUGCACCAUGCCCAGAUCGAUCGCACAUGGUGGAUCUGGCAGAACCAAGACCUCAAGAAUCGCGCGAAGGCCUUUGGCGGCGGCACCUCCACGCUCGACCCGACCGGUAGCCCGCCUGGAAAAGUGACCGAUCCCAUCUACUUGGCGACUUUGGCGACUACCGUGCAAAACCAGGAUGUCUUCAGCACAACCGGGGGACCGUUGUGCUACAUUUACGUAUGA